UGUGCGCGUGGCGCAACAGCGCAUGCGCCCUCGCACAAAAUCACGGGCGUCGAGCUUUUCACACCGCAGUGAUUGCAGCCCGAGUCUCGUGACAAAGUGGAAGGAGUGAGAGGAGACACGAGGACCAAGGAAGGGGCGGAGGGUGGGGUGGGGGGGCUCAUCCGUCACAACCCGGGUGCCACCGGGAUGGAGACCCGAAGAAGAAGAAGACCACCGAUGUGACUCAGAAUGGCUCCUUUUUUCUUCUUCUUCUUUUUAACUUGAGCCUUGUCUUGCAGAAGCAACCUGCCCGUCCUUCCUUCCUGUUCCCAGUAAUCCCAUUUUUCUGUUGCGGCUUUUCCUCCACGGGGGAGCGGGGGGCUUCGUGGAAGGAGGGGAGGGGGAGGACACACCGUGGCAACCUGGUGAAUGAAUACGAGAUGGAGUGAACGCGUCGGGCGCAGCGCAGGAUGCGCAUCCCCGGCCGGGAGCAAGGUAGAGCAACCCGGCCGUCUUUCUGGUGUCGUGUGUCGGAGGUUUUCCGCGGUGCCGUGGGUUGAUCGUUCCCCUCGCCGCCCUCCUGCCGCCGGUGUCGGUGUAUGAUGGAGAGCGCCGAUGGCUCCGGCAGCGACACCAAACCGCAGAACCACCAGUUGGAGAAGAAGAGACUGAACCGGGCGCCUUCCCCGGCCAGACCUUUCCUCAAGGAUGUGCACUGCCGCUCCACCAAACCGCCUGGCAUCGUACCGAAAUCCCCCAAACUCAGCAAGCAGCAGCAGUCCGCCCCGGUGCCCUUGGGCCAUCCGAACCGCAGCUCCAGGCGCCACGCGCCCGGUGCUAAAGAGAAGCCCGUCACGACCAAAAGUCACACCAAGUCGUCCGUCGUGAAGAAGCCCUCCAAGGUGCCUCAGCAUGCGGCGGCGGACCCCAAAGCCGCCGGCACCAAACCGGACAGCACCAGCAGCCCCAUCCUCGCCAAAGGCAAGAAGGGGAAACUGGCCCCGGGGCCUCUCGGCCACGGAUCCCCGAUCCGGGUGCCGACCGGAGCGCUCCUCGGCCGGGUCAGCCAGACCGACAGCAGCUCAGACCUGUCGGACUGCCAGUCCGAGCCCCUGUCGGACGAGCAGAAGCUGGCACCGGCUGCUGGAAGCGACGCAGAGUCCGGCACCGGCUCCAGCGACCGGGAUCAGGUGGGAGGCGAUAAUCCUCUGCGGGCAGAAGCCUCCGGAGCGGCCGCCGCCGCUGCUGCCGCUGCUGCUGCUGCUGGUCCGUUGCGCACAACCGAGGCGGCCGCCGCCAAGGGAAGCAUGUCUCAGGCUCAGCCCGCUCCGGGGAAACGCAAGAAGGAGAAACCCUCACCAGGUGCAGCGGUCCGACUGCCGGGCACCAAAGAUGCGACGGAGGAGGACCUGCUGCGGGAGGUGGAAGAUCUGAGAUCCGAAAACGACUACCUCAAGGAUGAAGUGGAUGAGCUGCGAGCGGAGAUGGAGGAGGUGCGAGACAGCUACCUGGAGGAGGAGGUCUACCAACUGCAGGAGCUGCGGCGAGACCUGGACCGCUCCAACAAGAACUGCCGCAUCCUGCAGUACCGCCUGCGAAAGGCCGAGCAGAAGAGCCUCCGGGUCGCACAGACCGGCCACGUGGACGGAGAGAUGCUGCGGAGUCUGGAGCAGGACUUGAAGGUGGCCAAAGACGUGUCGGUGCGUUUGCACAACGAGUUGGAGAGCGUGGAGGACAAACGCAGCAGAGCUGAGGACGAGAACGAGCUGCUCAGACAGAAGAUCAUCGAGGUGGAGAUCUCCAAACAGGCGCUGCACAACGAGCUGGAGAGGACCAAAGAGACUGCAGUGAGGAGACGAGGAAGCAGGGAAACAUUUAAAGAUAAGAAGUCCACGAGUCAGGAGGACAGUGCAGACCUCAGAUGCCAGCUCCAGUUUUCCAAAGAGGAGUCCGGCCUGAUGAGAAAGAAGAUGGCGAAGCUCGGUCGGGAGAAGGACGAACUGGAGCAGGAGCUGCAGAAAUACAAGUCGGUCUACGGGGACGUGGACAGUCCCCUUCCGCUGGCCGAGUGCUCCGGCGGGGGUCCUCACACCACCCGAGAGGCCGAGCUGCGCUUACGGCUCAAGCUGGUGGAGGAAGAGGCCAACAUCCUGGGCAGGAAGAUCGUGGAGCUGGAGGUGGAGAACCGCAGCCUGCGGGCGGAAAACGAGGACAUCCGAGUUCAGUACGAGAGAGACUGCUUUGGGCGGGAACCGUUCUCCAGCAUGCCCUCGUCGCCCUACGGUUGCGACGCGCUCGAUUCGGCGAGCGAGCUGCGUCGCCACCUGCAGUUCGUGGAGGAAGAGGCCGAGCUGCUGCGGCGCUCCAUCUCCGAGAUCGAGGACCACAACCGGCAGCUGACGUCGGAGCUCAAUCGCUUCAAGUUCGGACCGGGCAGCGGCAGCUCUGUCGGCGAGGAGGCCGGCGAGGGAGGCCUGUUCAAACCCGGUAAUGGAGGAACCGGCAACGGCUCCAGCAGUGGGAUGAUGAUGAUGGAGGAGCUUAAAUCGGCCCGCAUGCAGAUCAACGAGCUGAGCGGAAAGGUGAUGAAGCUGCAAUACGAGAACCGGGUCCUCGUGUCCAACGUCCAGCGCUGUGACCUGGCCGCGCACCUGGGCCUGCGCACCGGCAGCCCCCGGGACAGCGACGCGGAGAGCGACGCAGGGCGCCGAGAAGCAGCCGAGGAAGAGGAGGCCGGCCGUCUUCUCCUCCUCCACCCCAAGAGAGAGGGGCCGAUCGGGGGCGAAAGCGACUCCGAAGACCUGUUUGAGAAAACCGCGACCACCUCGGGGUUCGGAAGCGCCAAGCCGUCGGACGGCAGCGAGCUGAGCGCCGCGGAAAUGGCCAACCGCCGGAGGGAGGAGCGCGAGUCGUUCACCAACGUGAAGCGCGAGGCGGAUCGGCUCGGCAAGACGGUGGACCGCCUGAUCACGGACACGGACAGUCUGAUCUUCGAGGGCAGGCUGCUGGUGACGACGGGAGAGAGCCCGGAAGAAGCGGAGGCGCCUGGAUCCAAACCAGACACCCAGGUCCUGGACACCAUCAACACUCGCAUGAAGGCUUUCCGCACUGAGCUACACAUCUUCAUGGAGAAGCUGGACCACGUGGGGGAGGGGCUGAGAGAGAGGACGGACGAUCUGUCCCCCAUGCCGAACCUCACGGAGUCCAGCAGCUUCCUGUCUACAGUCACCUCCAUGUCCCGGGACUCUCCCAUCGGCACCUUUGGAAGAGACCUGGCUACAGACUUCCAGUCCGUUCAGAGGGAUGAGCUGGAGUGGCGUCUAGGACAGGAGCGAGGCGUGGAGCCCCAGAGCCAGAGCCAGAGCCAGGGCCAGGCCCCGAGCAGGGGAGCCAAAGGACUCACUAGGUACCACAGGCCCCUGGCUUUAAGAGCAGAGCUCCGGGACGCGCCCGCUUCUGACCUCCAGUUUCGUCUGGAUCACGAGCGAAGGCUGAGAGCAGCGGCGGAGGAGCAGGAGGCCGUCGUUUCUUUCCCUCAGCAGGAAGACGAGCGACUGCGUCUGGAGGCCCAGCGUGGAGGUCUGGACCUGCAGGGUCUUCAGACCCACGAAGUGCCCUGGCCUCAGGAGAGAGCCACGCUGCAGCAGGAGGUUCGCCUCUUCAGACGCAACAACAUCAUCUUCUAUAUGAAGCUCAGGUGGAUCCUCACGCACUGGAGGCUCGGCAGCAAGGACGACUGCGGAGAGGAGACGGGGAACCCGGAGUUGGAGAAGUUGGAGGGCUUCCCAGAGCUGGGAGUGAUAAUGGAGCAGGCGGAGGGGGAGACGGAUCAAGAUGACAGACUGUGUUUACCGCAAACUCCGGAGAGCGUCCGGGACCCGGGGCCCAUCGUCCCUCUGGCCUCACCCGAUCGACACCUGCAGCAUCACAGACAGUUUGGGGAGAACCGUCACGUGCUGCAGGCCCUGCGGACGCUGCUGGAGGAGUUUCAGAUGGAGCUGCGGGAGGAGGGGACGCGGCGCAGCCAACUGCAGCAGUCCUACGCCAAUGACAAGGCCGCCUGGGAGGUCAAGUGGGCGGAGAUGAAGGGCCAGUUCGCACAGCUGGAGGAGGAUGCACAAGGCAGGGUGCGAGGCGAGGGGAAGGGAGGCGAAGGGGAACCGGCCGAAGAACCCCAGUGGGCCUUGGAGCUGGAGCGCGAGGAGCACCGGCGUCUGCUGGCCGACAGCCACAGCGCGUCCCUGGACCUCCGCUGGAAGCUGCAGCACGGAGAGACGAGGUGGAGCCGCGAGAGAGGGGAACUGCUCGGGUGCUUCGACCGGGAGCGGCAGGAGUGGGAAGCCGGCAUGAGGGAGCUCCAACGCAAGGUGGAGAAGAUGCAGAGAGAGCUGAACAGCCGGCGGGGCGAGGACAUCAGAGAUGGUGGUCCGGACCACAGAGGGGGGUUCUUUCCUCAGGACAGUCCCUGCAACGCCCCCCGGUCGCCGCGCUCCCCCUGUUCCUCCGCACCCGUCCCUGCUCACCCUCCCACGCGCUCCCACUCUGACUCUGAGGCCAUGCUGGAGGAGCAGGGGGCUGCGAUGAGGCGGAAGGGCCCGAGGGAAAGCCUUUUCCUGGAUGCGCUGUCUCUGGACCCCCUCGGCGUCCUGGAGGUCCCUUCCCCCUCCAGACUGGAGAGGGAGAAGAGGUUCCCCUGCAUGAAGGAGGCCCUGAAUGAGAUUUUGGAGAGGGAAGUAGAUCUUGCGAGCCCGGAUGAGGAGAUGGGCGGUGGCAGUCUGCUCAGAGCCAAGUCUGUGUGCUCCAUGAGUGACUUCCAGCGGUUGAUGGACAGCUCGCCGUUCCUCCCUGACAAGACUCGCCACGGCGAUCUGGGCCAAGACGACGUCACCCCGCCUCUUUCCCCGGACGACCUCAAGUACAUUGAGGAGUUCAACAAUAAGGGCUGGGACUUUCCAGCCUCCGCCUCUAGCCUGGAUCCUGCCCUGGAAGCGUGGACGGACAAACCCCCCGAGUCCCGGGGAGGGGAACUCGUUCUUGAACCAUUCCAGCCCGCCUCCUGGUUCCUCACCACCAGCGCCACCUUGACCACCAGCACCCUGAGCAGCCCCGAGCACUGCCACAAGUCCCCGCUUAGGGGCAACGGAGCGGGGGCAGCAGGGGUGGGAACGGAGCACUACGGGGUCCACAUGCUCCACAGCCCCACCCGACCUGGAGCGGCUGAUCGCCCCGCCGCCCAAGACCCGGACUUCCUGUACGCCAAAGGGACCAAAGCCAGGGGCGGGGGAGAGGCCGGGGCGGCGGCCGGCGGGUCAGAUGAGGUGUUCGGCAGCGGGAGGUGGGCGUGUGGGCUCCUUGAAGGUGGGGGGUUGAGGACUUCUCCUAGCCAGUCUCCUAUCUGCCCCACCGUGGGCUUCACCUCCUCUCUGGAGCUCCAGCUCUCCAGAAACAUGAGCGACGACAUGAAGGAGGUGGCCAUCUCCGUGAGGAACGCCAUCCGAUCGCCGCCGGGGCCCGUCGUCAGGGACACCGCCUGCCAGACCAACGGAUUCACCACGCGGGGCACCCAGACCACCCAGACCAUCAGUGUGGGUCUGCAAACGGACCUGCUGAGGAACCUGACCAGCAGCCCCCACCGCUGCCUCACGCCGAAAGGGGGCGGGACGCCUAUUUCUUCCCCGUCACGCAGCCUGAGGAAGGUUCAGUACUCUCCCGUCGUGCAGAGCAAGUUCGAGCGACCCUGCUGCUCGCCAAAGUACGGCUCGCCCAAGCUUCAGCGCAAACUGUCCACGUCCAACAAGGCUGAGCUACCCAACCCCAACCCCAACCCCAACCGCGCCCCCACCCCCACCACACCGCAGAAGGGCAACAGCGAGUCGGCGUGGGCCCGCUCCACCACCACCCGCGACAGCCCCGUCCACACCACCAUCAACGACGGGCCCUCCAGCCUCUUCAACAUCAUCGACCACAACCCGGUGCCCUACGACUCCAUGGCCAAGUUCAACAAGUCGCCGAGCCGCUCCCGCCCCGCCCCUCCCUCCACCGCCGAGCCCGGCCCGGCCCCGGGGGCCCUCGCGACAGACCCCAGGGGCGGCGAGUGUUCGCGGGCGGCUCGCGGGAGCUCGCCCAGCCCCGUGCAGCCGGUCGCGGAGACGCAGGGGGACAGAAGCGCGGAGGUUGCGAGCAUGAGGCAGGACCUGUCGGCGCCGCCGGGCUACUCGCUGGCUGAGAACGCCGCCCGCAUCCUGAACAAGAAGCUGCAGGAGCAGAGCUUCAGGGAGGAGCGGCGGCUGCAGGCCGGAGGGCAGAGCAGAGACGGCAGCAGGCAGGCCGACGCAGACAGAGGACAGUCCGGAUGCAUGGAGGACCUGCCUCGCUCUCCGGUGGCUCCGCCCCUGGACUCCCGUUUCCUGAGACCAGCCCGCCCGGCCAACCGCCGCCCCCCUUCCCGCUGGGCGUCCCACUCCCCCCCCUCCUACUCCUCCUCCCCCAGGUGGAGAGAGGGCACAAAAAGGAGGUUCACCUUCCCGCCGCCGGGACACCGGGAGACCAUCCUGGAGGGGGAGGAGCCGGCGUGAGGCCGUCCUCUACCUCCUCUCUCCCUCCUCCACCUCAGCGGGAAAGACCCAGUACCUCAGAACCCCCCUUCAGGCUCCAUCCAUUGGGAGUCACUAGAUUUGAGGGAGGGGGCAGGGAGGGGGAUACACCCAGUAGCACCAGCUGACCAUCGAGGAACCAGAACUUUUUUUUUUUUAGAAGAACCUGGAAUGUACUGUAAUAUCAUCAAAAAAUAUUUCAAUGUCCGUAAGAGGUGCCUGCACACGCUUCCUCAUGACGCCCCACGUGUGCGUGUGUGUCAACUGUAGGUCAGCCGUUGCAUUUGUACGACGUUUACACGAUUCGUUCUUCUCAUCUGUUUACAUCUUGCUUUCUUGCUUUUACGUUAUCCCACAUCGAUCCGUGUAGAAACUAUUUUUGAGUAAAAAAAAAAAAAACGUCUGUAUUUUGGUUGCCAACUUUUGGUGCAUGACUUUUCUGUUUGGAGAGCAAACAAAACAAACUACUUCUGCUUCACCGGGUCUGGAGCGGAGACGCGUGGUGUCGCUUCUGAUGCUGAUGUAUUUCUGAUCGGGUGGGGUUGAACCUUUGGCUCUGUAGAGAAGUGGAAGAUGGUUGACAACAAACUGAAUAACCUUAUGCAUAUUUGGAAGGCAGUUGUACAAAUAUCGGUCAAAUAUUUGCAUGCCUUUUGAACACUAGCACUUUAGUGCAUGUACAUAUGAGCUCUCGUCAUUUGUGAUCACUCCGCUGUGGGGGGACGGGGGGGUGAGAAAUGUGAUGGGAACUCUGAAGCUGUUGUUUUUGUUGUCCAAAGAUUUGCAUUGAUUAAAAUAAUGAGAAUUUUUAGGUGAGUUAUCGUACCUACCAGGCGGUCUUUGUUACCAUUGGAUAUGAAAUACGUUUUCUUUUGUCAAGAAAAAAAGGAUUGUGGAGAAAAAAAAAUGAAUGUUUUAAAUGAAAAGUCUAUGUAAAAAAAAAUUUAAAAAACUCUAACGAUCUGUAGUCUUAUGUAAAUACUGGUAAUAAACAUGAAUGUGUAUUUACAAGA